GCAAGUAAAACAUUAACCGGGCGGUAAACAAUUGCCGCCCUUAAAUUCAGGGUUUUGUUAGAUGUUCCGCAGCUCUGUCGCCGCCGCCGCCUCGGCGUUGCGUUGCUCGCCCCAUCCUCCGCUCUCCGACCUAUCUCACAGCUUCGUCCAUGGCCGGCGAAUUGCGGAAGUCGGCUGUUCUCUACCACUACCCGUGUCCCGACGGUGCUUUUGCCGCCCUCGCUGCCCAUCUCUACUUCUCCGCUGCUUCCUUGCCGGUUCUCUUCUUCCCUAACACCGUCUACAACCCGAUCAGAGUUUAUGAUCUUCCUCUAGGUGAAAUAAAUGAAGUCUAUCUCUUGGAUUUCAUUGGAUCCUCUGGUUUUAUCGGGGAACUAUAUCCAAAAGUCGAGAGUGUGAUAAUAUUAGACCAUCAUAAGACUGCAGUUGAAGCUCUCUGUGGCAAUGCUUCAUUUGGCAAGAAUGUGAUAAAGGUUAUUGAUAUGAAUAAGAGUGGUGCUACAAUUGCAUUUGACUUCUUUAAAGAAAAGCUUUUAAAAAGAAGUGAUACUUUGAGAGGUCUUGGAAUCCACAACCAUCAGGAGGCAGGUCAAAAAAAUUUGUCUGGUUGCAAAUUUGAAAGAGUACAGAAGCUCUUUGAAUACAUUGAAGAUGGUGACAUAUGGAGGUGGAAGCUCCCGCACAGCAAAGCUUUUAGUAGUGGCUUGAAAGAUAUGAAUAUAGAAUACAAUGUGAAUGUGAAUUCAGCUUUGUUUGACCAGUUGCUUGCCUUGGACCCUGAGGAUAUCAUCGCUAUUGGUCAAAAGACACUGUCACAUAAGCAGGAAUUAAUCGAUCAAGUUCUUCAGCAGUCAUAUAUAAUUGGAAUAGGAGAGGGAUUAUUUGGACAGUGCUUGGCUGUUAAUGCUGACUCAAUUUCGGACCUAAGGAGUGAGCUAGGAAACCAGUUGGCUAUAAAAAGCCGAGAUACAGGACUCAGGGGAAUCGGAGCCAUAGUUUACAAAGUGCCUCAACUCAACAACGACCAUUUGCUGAAAAUAAGCCUCAGAAGUGUCGACUCGGAGGACACCACACCCAUCUCAAAGCGAUAUGGGGGAGGCGGACAUCAGAAAGCUAGUUCAUUUAUGCUAAAGUGUGCUGAAUUUGAGGAGUGGAAAGCACAAACCUAUUCUUCAACUACACCUUCCUUGGGGAAACAAAGCUGAGGCACAUUCCAUACGCGAAGAAAGAAAUCUUUCCUAUUUAUGCUAUCAAAUUCUAUACACUUGGUAGUUUGCUUGUUAGAUAAUUAUAAUCUCAUUUGUUUAAGGGUAGCGACAUCAUUUAAAUAAUGAGUUUGCCGCAUUUUAUCAUAAGAUGAUUAUUAAGUUCUCUCA